GGUCACGCGCGAGGAAAGCCUCGCUGCCGUUGACUUCUUGGUCGCGGCCCUCACCAGGCUGCGCUUUGAGGCGCUGUGCCUGCUAGGGCUGGUAGCGUCACAUUCCAGGAGAAAAUGUUUGUGGUGCUUUGCGAUGGGCAAUGAGGUGUAUACAUGUCCGGCGGGAAUCCCUCAUCAGCUUCCAGCAGACUCAUAUCCUCGCUGCACCUGAGGUCCCAGCCUAUGCACAUGAAGCAGUUGAGUAAUCAUGCCGCAUACAUACGGGACCACAGCUCUACUCAAGCACUCAGCGUAAAGGACUGAUGAGUACGCCCGUCCGCAAAAACACCCUGCAUAAUACCGUGCCCAAGCUACCGCCGUUGACUAUGUCUUUGCAAAUCCGGACACAACUAAAAUAAAGAGUUAUUCACAGGCCUUGCAUGCCGGCAUGCACGCACAAGGGCGCCGCUCAGGCCUAACCGCGGCUCAGGGUUAUUCCACACCGGGCACUACGAGGAGACGACGGGCUGCUGUCCUGCCCUGCAUGCGUCUGUGCGUCAUCAGGGCUGCAUGCGCUUUAGCGGCGGCCCCACUGGUAGCCGGAGGGGCAGUACGUGUCUACGUCGAGGUGGACGGCCAGGUACAGGCCGGAGGCGGUGAUGGCGGUGGGCACGGUGAAGGUGCUGCUGCCAACCUGCGACCACCAGCAGCAGGAGGACGUGGGGCCGUGCGUGGCGUGGCGGAUAGGGAGGGUCAGCCGUAGUGGUCAGCGGCGGCAGAUGUCAGCUUUCACAUCAAGAGUGAACAGCGCAGCAUGCAUGGGGUGAAGGCGAGUGCUUGCUUGCCCUUGGGGUGGUAUGGAGGCAGCAGGGCAGGCACGCACGCAACCGGUGGGGUUUGAAGGGGAGGAUUUGGGGGGAGGGGCAUUUGGGGAGGUGGCAGCAGGGCCUGCCAAGGCACGAGUUGGAGCCAGCAAUGCAGCAGCAUCAGCAGCAUUGCGCAAGCGUGUUCACUUGCCUUAUAUGUGACGCCUGGCUUUGUGUUGGCGGUGAAGGGGGCAGUGGGGAAGAAAGUGAGGGGGUUGGUUGGGGACACGGCCAGGCUGAUGUCAGUGAAGGUCUUGAAGGAGCCGGGGCUCAGGGUGGGCGGGGCGAUGAAGGAGAGGUACACCUGAACAUCAUGGGGGUGGGGCGGGGCAGGGGCAGCAGUCGCAUACACAGGCACAGGCGUGUGGUGUCGGGUGUGCGUGGGGCUAAGGGAAACGUUAGUGCGUGACAUGGCAGGCACUGACGAAUCAACACUGCUGAUAGCCCUUUGAGCGGGUGUAUGGAGGUGCGGGGCCAGAUAGAGCGAGUUGCGGGGAGCGAGGCGAUCAUCCACACAAGCAGUCAUACCCAAACGCAGCAGGACGGUACAUGCACACAUACCUGCAAGUUCGAGACGCUCGCAAUCGCGGAGCUUGACGGCAGGGCAUUGAUCUGGAUGGUGCUCAUACCCCUGCAUAGCAAAUCCGGCCAAGGAAUGACAAGGGCGGAGACGGAUAUAUAUGAGUGCGCGCGGUUUACAGAACCAAACACGCCCAAAGUGCAUGGGGGCCAGUCGUUACUUGCAAUCCGACACAUACAUGAAAUGAAU